UCUAUUGACGACUCCCAUGGUAACGGCUUCUCUGUGUUGUCAAGCCAGUGUUUCAGCAGGCAUUUAGCUGUAUAAGUUCCCCUUUCCACAUUUGAUUUCAUAAUAAUAUUGUACCUAGGAAUAAGUAAACAUGUCUCUGUUGGAUGAAGGGACGAUCUAUAACCUUAUUGCAGUAGAAGAACAAAAGCGACAGAAGCCACCAAGGUAUAAUUCCAAAUUUAAGGAUACCGUUCGAAAUGAAUCUACAUCCAACCGAAAUGAUCAUAAAACUAUGGGUCAAGCUAAAGUACCUGUACCAACUACAGAUAAUUAUUUGAAGAAACAUUCCAAAGAACCUGUUCUACCCGACAAAAGUGAUUUUAAGUAUGGCGAUGAAGACCACAAAAAGCCAGCAUUACCGUCGAAAGAAGAGAAGCCAUUGAUGGGACUUAAAACUACAAAAAACUUUAUCACAAAUAAUGCUGUACAAAACAUUACUUCUGUCCCAAAACGACCAGAGAAAAAAUAUGUUGAUACACGAAAUGGGGAUGCUCAUAAUCUCAUUCCUUCUGGAUUAGAACCUAUAUAUAUUCAGAAAAAGGAAUUUGGUGAGGUACCUACAUAUUUACAGAAAAGAAAAGAUGAAAUGAUCCAAGCACAGGAAGAAUAUAACCAAUAUGUUACAGAAUAUAUGCGACGUGGUGCCAUGCAAAAAUUAACAGAAGAUGAAAGAAAAGCCAUUUUGGAUGGUCUGAAAACAAACUGGGAGGAUAUUCAUGAUCAAUACCAGGGUUUGUCUGUUGUCACAGAUACUGCCCCCAAAAAACACAGAAAAGAAAGAAUGGAAUCACAAAUGAAACAGUUAGAAAGAGACAUAGAAAUAUUUGAAAAACAUAAGAUCAUUUACAUCUCUAAUUGAAUCAGGAAAUAUUUAACAAAUAUUUUUCUGUAAAUUUUGUAUGUAAUAAAUAUUUAUAAUCCAAGCACCUGCGUGCUUCUAAUUGUGAUAAGAUACCUGUGGACGGGAAAAUAUGUGAAAGGGUCAGAAAUUUACAGUUUUUAAUUCAUGUUAAAAUCGCUUUUAAUCUUGAUAUGUUCCAUACCUUUGAUAGAAAUCAUAUUAACCAUCACAGUGGGAAAAGGCAUAGAAAGCUGUUUCCUUGCAAUUUGAUCAUAUGAAACUUUUCUGUUACUGUUGUUCCCAGAAUAACUCCCAUGGCGCUUAAAUAAUUGUUAAAAAUAGGACGGGGGGCAUUUCUUACAAUGGACCUAUAGUAAUCCUCAAGUAUCUUUCUUGUCUUAGGUAAGCAAAUAUCUACAGUCUUAGUAAGAGUAGCUAGGUGAUAAUUACAGUUUCAAGAAAUGUUAUUUUAUGUCCAAUACAGUUAUCUAUUUUUUUUCUAAUAGUGAAUUCAACAAUCCACACAUUUUAAAUAUUUGAAUUUUUAAGAUGUAAAAUUUACGUAAUCAAAUUGAAUUUUGUUAAUACACGUGUAAGUUCAAAAUAGUCUGAAGGAAUGGAUGUGAAAAAUUGUUUUAGUCCUUGAAUUGUACUUGUGAUUUUAUUACCAGCUCAGCAUUGUUACCAAUCACAAGGCCACAAAAUAUCUCCAUUUAAUGGCCAUGUUUACAAAUUUGGUCAAAUUUUAUUUUAUUAAUAUUCACACAUUUUACAAGACCAUUUAUUUACUGUCACCACAAUUUAUGUAAAUAAACAUUUUAGGUAAAAACUG